AUGCCGAUGUUUGAGGAUACGAUGGAACUCGCCCAAAGCGGCGAGCUUCCUCCAAAGGAACCCUCUCCACCGCCACGGCCGUCACCUCCCUCGGAAUCCGAACGUGUCAGCACUCCCUCAAAACCCAUCUCCAUUCCCACAUCUCCCUUUGUGUCCCGUCGGAUGUCCGAAGAGAGCAUACGGACCGACUUGUGCGAAGGACCGCUCCCAGACACUCCGUCACCCCUGCCUCGAUCGUUUGUUUUACAGCCUUCGCCGGCCUCCGACGCCCAGCACGGAUUUGCUGACCCAUCACCGCCCCGCACACCGCCCAGUCGAGAUGCCUCUGAGCAGGUCACCGAUCGAGCGGAGCUAAUCGAAAGGAUCAAGCGAGGCGAGAGCCCGACUUGGAUCCCAAACCGACAUGUCGGGUCAAUGUAUCACAAGCGGACUCCUACUCAAAGUCCCAGGCCUCCAUCGGCAGACACAAUAACGUCAACCACGCUGCUUCCUGCGGCCGAUAUCACCCCUGAACGGAUUCCAUUGGAGGCGCACGACCACAACGCCGAGGCUGCCGCCAGACUGGAAGACGGCCUGAAUAUCGAACGGCCACGGUCGGCUUUGCACAGCGGCGAUUUCACUCAGAGCACGUCCAGUAGGCGCCAGGCCCGAACGUCUGAAGAAACGGAAGCCCGCCCUACCGGACUACCCCGGCCAGGACCUGCGGCAGACGUCUCUCCCUCGCCUUGGGUAGCAACCUCACCGCCUCGGCACUACGCGCCAUUUUCGUUCGAUCACCGGUCUCCUCCUACGUCUGCGCUGGCGGAACUUGGUGUGUUCCGAUCCAAUGUACCGUCACCGUCGUCGUCAAUCUCCUCGAGCUUUGUCUACAUGCCACCAACGAGCCCGCUUGUGCAGUCCCAGAGCAACUACGACGAAGACGACGGGGCGGAUAGCAGCCUCCCCCAUGCGUCCAUGGUUGGCUCUUACGAAGAGAGCAUUCUCCGUGGCCGUAUGUCUACAACGCCGUCGAAGCCGCUUGAUUUCCUCGCUCAAAUCGGCGUUCUGGGCCUGGGAGCCAAGUGCAAACCCGGUCUCCGCUGCCCAGCACACGUCACGCUUCCAUUCUCAGCCGUCUUUUACAGCUACGCAACAACAUCCUACGGCCGGUCCAAAGCCGAAGACGGCCCCAGUCCCUAUGUGGGCAUGGUCGACCUCGAGAAUGGAUUGCCCAAUUCAGGCGCCGAGCAACGAUCAAAACGCAAGGCAAUGAUGCCCAGUCGACGGACCGCCUCGCGCACCCGGCCGGCGCAGUUCAAGCAGGGUGGAACGAACGGCACAGCCAAUGCGGGAGAAAUCCACAAUCUUGCCCGUCCAGUGGAGGGCAAUCCGAAUGGAGACGAGAUUGUCAUGGAAGACAUGCAUGUGGAGCGACUCGAUCUCUCCGAUACAGAGGCGAACAAACCAAUUGCUACUGCAUCUCGUUCUCAUAAGAGACGUCCGCAUGGCCCCAAAGCCCCACCGGGCGGCUCCUACCGCAUUCCAGAACAGGGCCAACUUCAAAUCAUCAUCAAGAACCAGAAUAAAACGGCCGUCAAGCUGUUCCUGGUCCCCUAUGACUUGACCGGGAUGGAGGCAGGCACGAAAACGUUCAUUCGACAGCGCAGUUACUCGGCCGGUCCGAUUAUCGACAACCUGCCAGCCACGAGCGACACGUCAUCUGAUCGCCCCAUUUUGCGGUACCUGAUUCACUUGCAUAUUUGCUGUCCUUCGCGUGGGCGCUACUAUCUCUACAAAAGCAUCCGUGUUGUUUUUGCCAAUCGCGUACCGGACGGAAAAGAGAAGCUGAGAAACGAACUGACCUUUCCUGAGCCCCUCUAUUCGCCCUACAAACCCAUCCGCGUGAUGCACCCGCCUGCGGGUAUUGCCGGUGGUAGUGGUUACCACGUGGGCGGGAACGGCCCGGGCGCCGCUCUUGCAGCCGAGAAAGCGUACCGACGGCGCAGCUCGGGUUUGUCAUUCACUGCCAAUGCCGUGUCGCAAGCCUUUGACGCGUUUGGCGUCCAGCACCCACUUGUGCCCGCCACCCCAACGCAAUCGGCCUUACCAAAGCCUGCUGUGUCCUCGCACUCUUGGUCCAACCACGGUAUAGUCGGUCAGCUGCCUUUCGACCAGACUGAAAGCAAUACGAUUGGCGGUCGUCCUUUCGUCAGGUUUGACCAGCCACUGGGUUCGCCAUCCGUUGCAGCACUCGGAUUUGGUCCUGCAAACAGUCUGGACCAGACAACUACCGGCAAGAGCCACAACUCGAACAGCAUGGAAGAAAGCAGCAGCAGCAGCUCUACAGGAACCACGACGGUCACGUCUCCUGCUUUGCCUUUGUACAAGAAGCUCAGUAAAGGCGAUAUCGGCUAUGGCGGAAACGCUUUCGUAAGCGGUAGCCCCGCUGCUUGCGAGGGACUCCUAUCGCAGCGCCUGCGGUCACUCGAAGUUGAGAAGAACAUGGCUCCAGAGGAAGCUGACAAAGAGACCCCUGACAUUUGA